CUGGUUUGUCACUUGUUACCCGUGUGCAGCAGCACAUCAGAGCGCCGGGGCUCCCGGGCGGAGCUGCGCAGAGCCUCCCUGUACAGCACCAUGGACAUGGUGCCACAGCUGGAGAAUUACGCCAGCACGCUGCCCCGCCAGCAGGCCAGGAGCAGGCCAUCUCUUGAAGCUCUCCGCAAGGCGUUCGAGGAUGCGGAUGCCAGAGUGGAUGGGAUAUCCGACACAGACUUAGGUGGCACUCAGGGCCCAGACCUCGGAAACGAAGAGUCCCAAGAUUCCAAAUCAAAAGCUCCCGUUAGAUUUGGAUGGAUUGUUGGAGUCAUGGUUCGGUGCAUGCUGAAUAUUUGGGGGGUCAUCUUGUUCCUCCGCUUGUCAUGGAUCACCUCUCAAGCAGGCAUCUUGCUGACUUGUGUCAUAAUCCUGAUGUCUGUGGUGGUGACCUCAGUGACUGCGCUCUCCAUCUCGGCCAUCGCCACCAACGGGAGGGUGAUCUCAGGCAAGAUGACAACCUUGUUUUUGUUUGUCGAACGUUUUGCAGGAGGGGCUUAUUUCAUGAUAUCUCGCAGUCUGGGUCCUGAAAUCGGGGGGCCGAUUGGGGUGGUCUUCUCCUUUGCCAACGCUCUGGCCUGUGCACUCAAUACGGUCGGCUUUGCGGAGGUGGUCCGUGAUCUAAUGAAGGAAUUCGACGUCGUCAUGGUGGAUGCGAUCAAUGAUGUCCGAAUUGUGGGUGUGAUCACAGUGACGGUUCUUCUGAUGAUUUCAAUGGCUGGAAUGGAGUGGGAGUCCAAGGCGCAGAUUUUGUUCUUUCUUGUGCUUUUGGUCUCCUUUGCAAACUACUUUGUGGGGACCGUAAUUCCUCCAGGCCUAGAGAAACAAGCUGUCGGCGUCUUCGGAUACAGAGGUGACAUCUUCACGGAGAACCUGACACCCGACUGGAGAGGGGCUGAAGGAAGCUUUUUCCAGAUGUUUUCCAUUUUCUUCCCGGCUGCUAUUGGCAUCCUGUCAGGAGCUAACAUCUCUGGAGACCUGAAGGACCCAGCCGUGGCGAUUCCCAAAGGCACCCUCAUGGCAAUAUUCUGGACUACCUGUAGCUACUUGGGAAUUUGUGUCACUGUUGGGGCUUGCGUCGUACGGGAUGCUUCUGGAAACAUGAGCGACUACUUUACUGAAAACGUGACCGACAGCUGUGUGGGACUUGGCUGCAAGAUGGGCUGGAACUUCACAGACUGCAUCCAGUCCAAGUCUUGUGAAUAUGGGAUGGCCAACAGCGUAAAGGUUCUGGGGCAGGUUUCUGGUUUCUACUAUCUCAUCACAGCAGGUGUGUUUGCAGCCAGUCUGUCCUCUGCUCUUGGAUUUCUUGUUUCCGCUCCAAAGGUCUUUCAGUGUCUUUGCAGAGACAAAAUAUACCCAUACAUCAUAUUUUUUGCAAAAGGUUAUGGGAAAAAUGAUGAGCCACUCCGGGCCUACCUUCUCUGCUACAUCAUUGCUGUAGCCUUCAUUCUCAUCGCGGAGCUUAACGUCAUCGCAGCCUUAAUCUCCAACUUCUUCCUGUGUUCCUACAGCCUUAUCAAUUUCAGUUGCUUUCACGCUUCCAUCACAAACUCUCCUGGAUGGAGGCCUUCAUUCCAGUACUACAGUAAAUGGACGGCUUUGUUUGGCGCAGUGAUCUCUGUGGUCCUGAUGUUCCUCUUUACCUGGUGGGCUGCUCUCGUCACCUUCUGCAUCAUCUUUUUCCUGUUUGGAUACGUCAACUACAAUAAGCCAAAGAUAAACUGGGGUUCGUCAGUCCAGGCCGGAACAUACAACAUGGCUUUGUCAUACUCAGUCUCUCUGUCGGGUGUGGAGGACCACGUGAAGAAUUUUAGGCCGCAGUGCCUGGUUUUAAGCGGGCCCCCGAACCAGCGGCCGGCACUGGUGGACUUUGUUGGCUCCUUCACGAAACACGUCAGCCUCAUGAUCUGCGGAGACAUCAUCAUGGAGCAGGACAGUAAGACACAGCCACAAGAUGCUACACAUGAGCUGGUCAAGUGGAUGAACAAGAGGAAGGUGCGGUCGUUUUAUACUCCGUUUGCAUCCGACAGCCUCAGGGCCGGAGCUCAACACCUCCUGCAGGCAUCUGGUCUCGGGAAGCUGAAACCCAACACUCUGGUCCUUGGCUUUAAGGCAAACUGGAGGGAAAGUGCUCCUGAAAGCAUUGAAGAUUAUAUCCACACGAUUUACAACACAUUUGACUCCAACUACUGCCUGUGCAUCUUGAGGAUGAUGGAUGGACAGGACAUUUCUGUUGAUUUUGAAAUAGGAGUGAACCCUAGCUUUGAGUUGGAAGAAUCAGUGGAGAGAGAUGACCAGCAAACAGCUGAGGAGAACACAGCUGAUGACAUCUCUGAGGAGGGCAACAUUGAUCAGAUCAAGACAAUAUUUCAGAAUGACCAAGGCAAGAAGAUCAUUGACGUCUACUGGAUUGCAGAUGAUGGAGGUCUGACGUUACUGGUGCCUUACCUAAUCACCAGGAGGAAGCGCUGGAGCAGAUGUAAGGUCAGAGUUUUCAUCGUGGGGGAUGAGCAAAACAUGGAAGAAGGCCGGAAUGAGAUGGUCGCUCUGCUGAAGAGGUUUCGUCUGGAUUUCAACGAUGUUAUCGUUAUGACGGACAGUGAGAAGCGCCCUCAGGCCAAAAACAUGAGCAGGUUUAUGGACAGCGUCGCCCCCUUCAGGCUGUAUGAUGAACAGCAGGAAGGCAUCUCCGUGCAGGAACUCAGACAAAAUGCCCCCUGGAAAAUAUCCGACAAAGAGCUGGAGGCCUUCAAACUUAAGUCUGAGAGGAAAGUGAGGCUGAAUGAAAUCAUCCGGAAGAAUUCCCAACAUACCGCCCUCGUGCUUGUGAGCCUCCCUGUGCCGCACAGCGACUGCCCCAGCGCCCUCUACAUGGCCUGGCUGGACGCUCUGACCUGUGGCCUCCACUGCCCCGUGGUGCUGAUACGAGGAAACCAGCAGAAUGUCCUCACUUUCUACUGCCAGUAAAUCCCCCCCUCGUGGUUUGUCUGGAGAUGCCAUCCCAGCUGUCGUCUAUUCAUUACAGGGGGAGAGAAUGAAAUGUGCCAGAUCUCAUUGGCAGCAAAAGGUGGCCCCAAAACUAUUUGCUCGUUCAUGUGCUGUGAAUGUUAUGGCACGUCAUGAUGAUAAAUGCUUAGGCCUUUUAAUUUGUGGCGUAUCCUUGCUAACAACUGGAAGAAGACAAAGCGAGAUUCAGAGGCCGAUGCUGCUCCCAAAGAAACCUGUCACACGAGACCCAUUCAGCCUCAGGUGCAUGUCUUCCAAGAAGAGUGAUAACCCAGGAUGCCGACUGUCUUCAGAGACCUGCUCAUUCUUUUGUAGCUGCAUUCAAACUGGUCAUCAGGCAGUCUCUCUGUGAUCAAAGAUCAGAACCCCCUCCUAGCCACUCUACGAAUCCCCAACUGGCUCGUGGAACUUCUGCCGAAGACACUUUACAUGUUGAUGAUGGACUGGAACAGCUGUCUGGUUCUCUUUCCUCCAAAGGUUCCUGUCAAUGUAUGGGUAGGAAGAAAGUGAAUAAGUGAAUAACGCUGUAGGCUAUAUAAACCAACCCCCCCAAUGGAAGAGCUGAGGCCCCUGAGGAGACCCUUCCCAGCAUGAUGGAAAUCUUUCCUAAAAAAGAGAGAAAAAAAGAAAUAUAUAUAUAGAGACAUAUAUAUUGAAGUUAUAAUGGGGAGUUCUAAUAGUGUAGACUCGUGUUUGCAUUUUGCACAUGCUGUGUGACUUUGCUUUUGCCGUCAUUGUGUUGUUGCAACAGCUCCCCACAGUAUUCCUAAAAGUUUAGGAACAUUCUUUUGGGAGCCUUUUCUUGCCAAUUGAACUUUAAUGCACUUUUUGACUUGUAAAUUCUGUUUCUUGGCUAAGCCAUUUGUUUGUUUUCUAUGUUAUUAAAAGAGGUGGCAACUCUUUGUAAAUGUAGUCUUUUUUUAUCUUUGCAAAAGACACUUUAUGCAAAGAGUAUGCAAAUUGAUUAUUUUUACAUUUUCCAUAUCACGAUAGACGGUGGAUCGAGGGUAGAGGACAAUUUGUAUGAAAAUCUGAUGACAGAAGAAAAAUUCCAUACCUUCAUUCAGCCGAAAAGCUUGUUUUACUAAG